UUCUUUUAGAUAAUUUCAAUGAAGAAGCAUCUUUUCUUGGUCAAUAUUCUGGUAUUCGUUCUACAAUUCCUAAAUCAUCCUCAUCUAUUAAUAAUACUAUGACUGCUACUCAUCAUCCUACACCCAUGUUGAAUAAUGGUUCUUCUAUUGUUAAAGAAAUUUCUCCAGAAUUAUCUACAAUGGGUGGUAUACUUACCACCGCAACAACAACUAGUGACAGUUCUGAUCUACUCUUGCGUACAACAAGUACUAUUCGAGAGAAUCAAACUGCUGUUUAAAUUGAAUAGCACUCUUAAAAAAGUGUUGUAAUAGUAUUGUUAUUACUAUCAUUAUAAGUAUUGACAAGUUUUUGUGGUUACCCCCAAUAUUAUAAUUCACCAUAAUAAUGCUUUUAAACCAAAAUUCCCUACGCUAAUCAAUAUUUUUCAGCAUCCGCUUAUAUUAUAUAUUUAUAUACAUAAACCCUUAUAUAUAUAUAUGUGUGU